AUGAACCGCAAAAAAAUUUUAAAUGGUGGAAAGUCGUACUAUAUUCAUCCUAUUUUUACUAAUUAUGCCGCUUCAAAAGACGGUGAAAUUUUAAAUGUAAAAACUGAAAGAAUUUUAAAAAAAAAUUUGACUUAUCAGGGUUACUAUCAGUUUAAAAUGAGCGAUAAAAAUCUAAUUAAACCAAAAACUUACUAUAUACACAGGUUUGAAUGGGAAUGUGUAAGAGGUGUUAUUCCAGAAGGAUUUGUUAUUGAUCAUAUUGAUUCUGUUAAAACAAAUAAUAAAAUAGAAAAUUUACAAUUACUGUCUCAGAAAGUAUUAGAAAAGGAAAUAGUAAACCUAUAUUAUCAUUUAAUAUUAAAAAUAACAAACAAAAAAAUUAUGAAAGUAUUAAUUCUGCUUCACUCGAAUUAG